AUGGAAAAAACAGUCAAUAUAGACCUCGUCGUCAUCGGAGCUGGAUGGUUUGGUUUGGCCGCUGCCAAAGCCUAUAUCGACAUUAAUCCCCUGCACAAUGUGGUCAUCCUAGACAGCGCUCCCUCUGUAGGGGGAGUGUGGGCAACAUACCGUCUGUAUAAAGGAUUGGCGACGAACAACAUCGUCGGUAGUUUUGAAUACAGCGACUUUCCCAUGGAUGAGCGAUUUGGUGUUCGUCCAGGGCAUCAUAUUUCCGGAGACUCCAUCAACCAAUAUCUAGAAGCGUAUGUGGAUGAAUUCGGGUUGCGCAGUCGAAUACAGUGUGACUCCAAAGUGGAAACAGCCACACAUAGUCCGGAUGAAUCGUGGGUUCUGCAUAUCACUCAGUCUGGCAGUUCCAGAUGUCUUCACGCCCGCAAGAUGAUUGUUGCAACGGGCCUCAACGCAGAGCCGAUCAUGCCGACAUUCGCUGGUCAGGAGGAAUUCCAAACUCCUCUCUUCCACUGUCGUGAUUUGGCUGAAAAUGAAUCGAUGUAUUUAAAAUCCGAACGACCCGUGACGGUCCUUGGAUGCAACAAGUCCUCCUGGGAUACGGUGAACGCCUGCGCAGCGUCCGGCCAGCAGGUCGACUGGAUAAUUCGUGCUUCAGGACAUGGUCCGAUCUUAAUGGCAUCGCCGUAUUUCACGCCAUGGAAGGUGAAGCUGGAGAGAAUGCCUUCAACGCGACUAGUCUCCUGGUUCAGUCCGUGUAUCUGGGGUGACGGGCGUCUUCCCCGAUUUCUGCAUCGCACAUGGCUGGGUCGAAAGGUGGUGAGCGCAUUCUGGAAGGGCAUGGAUAAGUGUAUUCAUCCCGUAGAGCAAUAUAACGCCCAUCCUGAGAUGCAGAAAUUGAUGCCCUGGGGAGACGCGCCGUCAUUCAGCGUGUGGAAUUAUCCCACCGACGAUCUUGUCGAUGCAGUCCGCAAUGGCACAGUCAGGAUUCACAUCGCCAACAUCACCCAUCUCUCCUCUCAGACUGUCCAUCUUUCAACCGGGGAAAGCCUCCCUUCAGCAGCACUGAUUUGCUCAACUGGAUGGAAGCCCUGUCCGCCCAUUAAAUUCCUCCCAGAAGGGAUAGAAACAGAACUGGGACUGCCCAGCGGCAACGACAUCGACGAGCAGAUCAUCGACGCAGCCAACAAACACAUCCUUGGUCGGCUUCCCCGCUUGAAGAAAGAACGUCACGAUAACCUGCCCAACUACAAGCCCAUGACCGAUCAGGAGCCAGACCAUCCAUACCGACUCGCACGGUUCAUGGUGCCGCCCUCGAUGGUGUCCGAACGGUCCGUCGUCUUCGUGGGGGCAAUACACACCUUUCACACGGGUCUCGUCUCCCAAGCACAGGGUCUCUGGGCAGCAGCGUAUCUCAGCGACCGACUCACCAUAACCCCGAGUAGCGAGCUGCCGGCGUCACUCCGAUCGGGCAAGCAGGGGGACGCAGCCAGUAGAGAAGAGGACGUGCUGUGGGAAACGGCAUUACACUCGCAGUUUUGCAGGCUCCGGCAUCCCGGGCCGCUGGGCAAGUGGCAUGGAAACGUGGGGUUUGAUUUACUGCCGUACUUGGAUUUGUUGUUGAAGGAUCUGGGCUUGCAGGGACGCCGGAGAUCCGGGGUGAAGGAAAUGUUGGGCUCGUAUUCGGCGGGGGAUUAUCGGGGGUUAACGAGAGAGUGGAGAGAGAGGCAACUGCCGAUAACAGGGUUGAGGACUGCCGCAGAAGAUCGCGGACAUGCUCCGAGUGGCUGGCUGGCUGGAGGUUUCAUAGCAGAAGUACAUGAUGUCAAUAACUUCCCCGCUGCGGAGGAGCCCCGAUCCACUGCGUGUUUUGACUCUUUGGGAAUUGAUGGAGAUACCCCGGAUUCUGUGCUUCUUCUGAUUGGAUGGGCGUGA